AUGGUUGUUAAUCCUCAUGUAUACACGCCCAUCUAUGGUGUGAUGCAAUUGUUAACGUAUCAAAACAACUACCCCGAUCCUGCAACUGGAUCUCAGAUCUUGUCGGCUCAAGCAAGAAAUCUACUAGGACCAAAGAUUCCCCAAAUAUUGGUUGAAUAUUCGGCCUAUUCUCAGUAUAAUUUGUUUGGUGACUAUGCGAUGCCAUCGGACAAAGGGCCAUCGAUUUUAUUUACUGUCUUGUAUUCCAUUAUUGCUGCUAUGUACAUUGCCUUGUUUGGUGUCAAUUUUUCACGAGGGCAUUAUUUUUGGCCCGGUCUUGGAUUUAUUUUUUACUCCAUUUGUCGUGUAGUGGGGUUUGGCCUACGGAUUCAAUGGACAUACGAUAUUACCCAAACUGCCGUUGGUAUUUCUAGUGAAGUGUUUUUGAUUUUACCGCAAGUGUUGCUUACAAGUUUUAAUUUGAUUUUGGCGCAAAGAAUAUUCACUUGGAGACAUCCUGUCGGUGGUUCAAGAAAGUUGUUUUGGACGUUUAUGCUUGGAUUAUAUGCAAUCGUUGCUGGUGUUAUUGCUAUGACCAUUGUUGCGGCUGCAGGUUUACAAAUUUUCUUGUUGGGACAUCCUAAUUACCAGAGAUAUGUCAAGGUGAUUCAAGCUUCGUCCAUUUUGAUUAUUCUUUAUUCAUUGACUUCGAUUUCCUUGCUUGGUUUGGCAUUCUUUUUCAAACCAACGAGAAAGGAUGAAAAUUUGUACACAUACCAACCAUGGUGGAUUAAAUCAUUUAGUCCAUUUUAUUUUGUUAAAAAGGGUGAGCCUCAAGAAGCAGGUGCUAGUUUUUUGAAAAGAAACCAUAAUCAUCGUUAUGCCAUUAGAGUUAUUGCUGCCACGCACCAUCAUUAUAAAACAGUCAAGGGUUUGAGCAAUGAACGUGGUGAUUUGGCGCAUAACGUGUCAAUGAUGAUUCUUGCCGUGACUACAUUGAUCAUUUUCUUGUCAUCAGUGUUGAGGUCAGUUGUUUGUUUCCAAGCCAGGAUCAAGUACGAUCGUUCGGCAGUUGGCUCACCAGCAAUGAUGUAUGUUUUCUGGGGUGCUUUGGAAAUUAUAGUCAAUUUAAUAUACUUGAUUGGAAGAGUUGACUUGCGAUUCUACAGGCCUGAUAGAUUGCCUAAAUCAGUAAGAGAAAUUGUUACUGCUGAACAAUCAUUGAAUCCAUCAGAGAUUGAAAGUGAUGACGAAGCAAAUUCAUAUGGAGAACAGAAACUAGAUUCAAACGAUGAAUCAAGUAUUGGACACAAUGGAUCUGAUGAUGAUAUGGACGAUUUCAACUUUGGAAGCACUAAGAGAAACUCAUUUGAGUAUGAAGAGGAUGAUGAUUCCGAAGGAUUUGAUUUCACUGGAAACCACAAAGCUACACACAGAGAUCAUAAGCACAAGACGCCAUAUCCAUAUAAUGAGAAACUGGAUGUUGAAUCUGAGUUCCAUUUCUAA